AUGUCUGAGACUUCUAAGAUACCACAGAAAGGCAGGUUUAGGCGUACACAGGGCUCACAAUUUGGUACUGGAUCGGCUUCAAAUUCUCGCAAGCAGACAGGCAACCAAAAGUUGAAUAAGUCGACGCAGAAAGGUGAUGAAGACCAUGAAGAGGAUGACAGCGAUUUAUGUGUCAUUUGUGCUGAGAAAUUGAAAUAUAUUGCUUUAUCACCUUGUUCCCAUAAGACAUGUCAUAAAUGUGCUUUUAGACAACGUUCUUUGUAUGAGAAAAAGACCUGUCUGAUUUGUAGAACUGAGAAUGAGACUUUGACCUUCACGGAAAGGAUUCAUGCUGAAUAUGACGAUACAAAAGAUUUUACAGACCACAAUGAGAAAUACGGAAUCAACUUUACUUCUCAUGAAGUGGCGAAGGCGACACUGGGAUUGUUGAGAUAUGAUUGUAAUUUAUGUCCAGCUACUGAGCGUGAAGAUUUUGGUACUUUCAAAAAAUACAAUGAGCAUUUGAGAACUGUCCAUAGCAAGAACAUCUGUAUGAUAUGUGCGGCACAUAAACAUGCAUUUCCCUGCGAAUUGAAAAUAUAUACACCCAAUCAACUGCGUAAUCACCAAUCCAGAGGUGACUCCAAGGGUUUCAAAGGUCAUCCAAUGUGUGCGUUUUGCUCAGGCAAGAGAUUUUACUCUGAUGAUGAACUAUAUCUGCAUAUGAGGCACCAGCACGAGAGAUGUCAUAUCUGCGAUAAAAUCACCCCAGCUUCUCCUCAAUAUUUCAAAGACUAUGAUCAAUUAUUUGACCAUUUCAAGAACUGUCACUACAUCUGUACAGUGCAGAAUUGUCUGGAUAACAAGUUUGUCGUCUUUGCCGACGAAUUGGAAUUACAAGCUCAUAUACUUAAAGAGCAUGGCGAUAUUAUCAGAGGAAAACCUAGAUUAUUCCAGUCAGAACUAUCGACGUUCAUAUCUGCGCCUUCGAGAGUUAUCAGAGAAAGUGAUUCUAUUAAUAAUAACUACAACUCAUCCAAUUCAAGAAGAAAGUCUCCAGCGGAAUCCAAUGAAUCUUUGCGUGAAAAGAAAUUGAGGUUGGAGGAAAGGGCCAAAUACUACCUUGCAAACUCACAGGAAAGCUAUGAAACCUUCUCCAGAUUGACCGAGGACUAUGAUAAGGGACGUUUGACAGCCCGUGGGCUGCUCGAUGCAUUCACAUCGCUUUUCACUUCUCCGCAAGCCGACGUUUAUCUUCUGAUUCACAACGUUGCUGAAACGUAUCAUUCUGGCUCUGCAAGAUAUAGAGAUUUGAACUCAAUAUACCAGACGUACGAGCAGCAAAUGACUAGGAAAAAUGAACUACCAUCUUUGUCGAGAGAUCCUUCGGCAUCAGCACGUAUAGUCAACACUGUAUGGAGCGCGAACAACAACUCUGUUUCCACAAGCCAUGGAAGGAACGUUAACACAAUGAAUCUGCCCACAUUGAAAUCACCACCUGCAUCCCACGACCCGUUUGCAUUGCCUAGUAGAAGCCAGUCAUACAAAAGUUUGAAUACACCUAAAAGAAACUCACCUUCUCCUGUCGUGAGAAAAGCACCCUCUAACAACUCUGUGGACUUCACACCAAGGUACUUGGAAAAUAGACAAAAGUCUGCUUCCAGUGCUUCGCUUUCAAAUGGCAACAACAAGCUUGCAGCAUUGGACUUACCAUCUCUUCCAAAGCCUAAGCCCAAAUUCAUUCCGCCCCCUAUCAACAAGCCCAAUAUUCCCGAUCCAAAAAAAUGGGGUCAAAAUUCUUCGAAUAAUCCAAACCAAACAGGUGAAUUGGCCAAUCUAAACUUGAAUUCAUCUCCAUCCACAGCUUCACCUUCAUCACAAAGUAAGAAGAAGGGAAAGCAAAAGCAACUGCUGUUUCACAUUGGUAUCUAG